UGAGAGAAGCUCGCAUUAUGAAAAUAAGGAAAUAAUUAGAAUUAUUUCCCACAGUAUUUCCAGCAGCUGCUGGAACUGAGUCAUACCAGCAUUAGUCAUACUCUUCUUGUGUAGAUUGUAUGCCUGGUUUGUUUAUAGAAGUAACUAGAAUUCCAUUCUUUUCGGCUUAGCUUUCCACAAUAGUCGAGCGCAAUGUUCAAUUGCUUUGUUCUUUAGUCAUUUCCAAAAUGAAGAAGCAGCAAGAUGACUUCCAGAAAGUCAAUCCCUACACCCAGCACCUGCCCUAUGCAGAGCUGCUUGAUGAAGAAGCGAAUGAAAUGCUUCAAGAUAUCAUCACCAAUUUAUCCGCCGCAAUUCUGCAGCGUGAAAUACGUCCAGGUGUUGUCUUCUGGGUCUCAAGACUUGAUCAUUACAUGCGUAUCUAUGACCAGCGAUUCACCAAAGAGCAACACAUACUGUUAGUCAAGUUGCUAUAUUCAUUCAUAACCCAGCCGUACCUGAGUUAUAAUGUCGUUGAAGCUUGCUCACGGAUACUCACUGAUUUGCUCAGAAAAAUCAAGCGAUUGUCUCGAGAUGACUUGGUCCUAGAUUGGCGGCCACUGUAUGACUUGGUGAGGCGCAUGUGCUUUUGCAAGACGAAUAGAGCAGGUGCUUUACAUGCUCCUACGAUGAAGACUAGCAAUCGAAUCUGGCUGUGCGUGCGAAAGUGCCGCAUCUACUUCUCUGUGGAGUCUACCCAAGAGAUGCUGAAUGAGAUGCGUCCAAUGCUGUGUCCAUCCGACGUUGUGUGUGAUGAUGCAUUGCUGAUGAUGUCUAACUUCUUGCCAAUCUUACUUCCUCCUGAGCAUCAUGAUAAGGGCUUCAAGCUGUGGUUUGAGGAGCUCAUGGAGCUAUGGCUGAACAUGGCACACUUUGACAGCAGAUGUGCAUCAUUGAUGCAUCUCUUCACAAACCUGGCGGAAGUGAACAUUGGAUACAUUGACUGGACGCCUUACCUGCCACGGCUGUUCAAUAUCUUCUUGCGAGGUUUCCGACUGCCCCCAUUUCAGCAGAGAACAACCAAGGACAACACCAUUUCAUCUGAUAUGACAGCGCGGUUUAUCAUCAGCAUGCUGGGUGGCCAGUCUGAGCCAGCAAUGAAGCUUUUCUACAAAUUGAUGUUGACUUUGAAGAACUUCUACCACCCGUCCAAUACAGGUCAUUUCCAGGUACGAAUUCAACGCUUCCUGUGCCUUGCAAAGUACUUUUGCAUUCGCUAUCACAAGGAACGCCUGACGUCACCAAGCUGGCUUCCUACUAUUCCAGAAGAACACCGGCUGACUGACGAUGACGUCGACAAAUUCUGCUUAUGUCUCCAGCCCAUCGUUGAAGUCAGUAUGUUCAGUCGCUAUGGCAGCAUGGAGACAGCUAAACUGCUGCGUGAUCUAGUUAUGCUACGGCCAGAGCUGUUCAUUCCUAUUGUCCUGGAUAAGUCCUAUGCAGCUCUUACAACAUUGACUGAGCCUCAUCAGAUCCUGAACGUCAUGCCAUGUUUGAGUGUGGUUGCACGAGCACUAUUGAUGGCUGGCAAGAGUGUGGGUACAGGGAAUAUUGCUCGCUAUCCAGAAGGUCCAAGUCACUUGCUACGUGUUGUGCACUGCCUCUUACCGGGAAUAGAUCCCAACGACUUCAGCAAGACAGUUUUGACAUCGACUGUUAUAUCCGCCUUUGCUGCUCUCCUUCCGAUUGUGGACUGCUCUGCGCUACUGCAUUCGGAUCGGCAGCUUACAGAGGAGGAACGAACUCUUUGUGAAGCAUCAGCCCAGUGGGAAGAUUUUCUGCUGCAACUACUGGACAGGUGUUUCUGUGUGUUUGAGCAGCUGUCAUUGGACCCUGAGGUGUCCAACACCCGUCCAAGAGUAAUGGAUGAGUCCUCUCAGGAAUCGCUGAUGGGUGCCAAGCUCUCCACAUCCAUUCUUCAUCUAUUGCAACAGUGCAGCCCGCCACUGUUUGAGGUGGUUUGCAAGCGCAUGUUUACGUUUGCUACCAGUCAUGUGUUGGAGAGUAAGAUGGCCGGAGGUGCUUUUGCGGACAUGCUGGAGAAUGCAUGCCAGGUGAAUCCUGAGCUUGUUUGGAAAAUCUUCUUCCCGCAUUGCUGCCAGACUGUCCUGCAGCUAGCUGCUGAUGGUGAUCCUAAGUCUGAGAAAGCAGAUCACGACCUGAUAUGGAACUUGCAGCUCAUGACUUCUCUUGGAAAUGGUGUGGACGAGACGGCACUGUUGUACAAGGAGGAGAUUGUCAGCUUGCUGAAGGCUACAUUGCACAUUCGAAACAAGGAAACCUACUCCAUGGCAUCUGAUUUUCUGGCUGGUCUCUUAGGCUCUUUGACAACGUUGUUCUGCACGGAGAAAAGAAGCACUGAAGAAGACUUUUCUGCUUCGCCGGAGGAUCGUGACUAUUUGAAGGAUUGGGGUGCUGGCAUGCACAUCGAUGAUAUCACUGUCAAGUGGCAUGUGCCCAAUGAGGAUGAGCUGGACUUUGUCGGCUCUCUUUUGGAGGAGUUCCUUGAUCCGGAGAUAAAGAUAUUGCAAGACGUUGCUGGUGACAAGUGUGAAACUGAGAUGGACAAAGAGGAGUUACACCUGCGCUUGUAUAUCAUCAACGCCUGUCUUGAAGGUGCGGCUGCAAUCUUACCUGAUCUGGGCGUCGGUCAGAAGCUUGUCAAUGAACCAAGACUACAACUGGAUAGUGUUGUUCCUCUGAAAGCACAGACGUUUCGAAUCACGUGCCCAUCACAAGACAAAGCUGCUGCCAAGCAUGCAACACGGCGUCUGGAUUCAGCCAAUUUCUUUCACAACCUCUUGGAGCACAUCCUGAAGAAGCGUGAGGAUGAUACAACUGCUCAGAAUAUGAUUGUCAACUGUUACUGCAGUCUUGUUACGGAUGAAGGGUGUCCCCGUGAGAAGAUGGAGGCCAGGCAAAUGUACAAUGACAACAUCAGUACCAUUUUCUUUGAUCGGGUGACGGGCAAGAAGCACAGACUGAGAUCCGUGCUAAUUGAUCGCGUGGAGUUACAGCACCUGAAACGCAUGGUGAGCCGGUAUAGCAUGCCCCUAACGGUAGCGCAUGUUGCCAUACUUGAUCAGCUUCUCAAGCUAUCCCUCAGCAGAUACACUGUUGUGCGAAUAUCCGCACAGCAAGUAUUGCCGGCACUCACCAGUCGCUUGUUUGGUUGUAUUCGCUACUGCCUGCCCGGCGUUCUCGAUUGUCUGAAGGAAUCUGAGACGCUUACACACGAGCACCUGAAGGGUGCUCUGUUUGUGAUGCUCAUGGAACCGUUUCUACGCUACAUGUCUGGCCGCUACAAUGACAUGCUCAUGAUCUUACCACCCCUGCUUCAAGCCGAUCAUUCUGACAAACCUUCAAUUGUUAGCCUUGUUAAGCUUAUCAUUAGGGAGCUCUUGGUGCAAGGAAACUAUCCCAGCCUCAACGAGUCGAUGAGUGAUGCGUGUGUGGAAUCAGCGUGUCAACUAGCAGAAGUGGCUGGGGUGUCAGGAGUUCAAGACAUGAUAUCUGCCGGCCGACUCAAUGAACAACGCACGUCGGAAGCUAAUGUUGAGGCCUACAAUGGUCUUUUGACAUCCUUGGUGCAGAUCUUGUGUGAUGAGAAAGUGCGUCUUAGUCAUCUUCAGUUCUGUGGUGGUGUGCUGAGUGCACUAAUCCGCCAUGACUAUCCACUGCCAGCUCCAGCUAUCAAGGUCUACCUCAAGGGUCUGGUGCAUGAUGUGCUGCUGUAUCGGCGGCUAUCCUGGGGUACAAUGUCCAUUGUUCUCAGGCAACUUCGUUUCCCAACGGACAAGAUUGUUUACACCGCAGCUGAGCUAGUGAAUGGGUGCAAGCAGAAAGACAAAUCUGCAAUGUCUGAGCAGAUUGACAACACUUCCAAGACGUUUCCCGGUGGCCUUCGCAAAGACAACCACUGGAUUCUGUACAACCCUGAUGACUUACCAACAACCAAGGAAGCAUGGAACAACUUUCAAUUUGUACACAAGCCUCAUCUUGGAUAUGCUGGAUGGCCACAGAAACUGCCAUUGCUGGCUCCCCCUGGUCAGCAACACAGUCUGGCAGAACAUUUAUCUGACUUAUCUGAGAGUGAGACAAUGAUCCGUGAUGCUUUUAGUUCAGAUGAGUUUGUUGGCAAGCUGGUUGGGUUUUUCUCACAAGAAGUCCAGAAAGGCCGCGACAUUUUCGACAGUGGACGCUUCCAGCUCUUCAAGGCAUUGUUUCGCAACUACCUGGACAGCUUUGUUGCAAUAUUCCGACCUCAUGUUGAGCGCCUGGCUGUUGAUCCUCUGGAAAACAAUCAACGUUGUGCGGCUGAGAUCAUCGCUGGCAUGUUGGCAAGUUGCCGUCACUGGUCCUAUGAGCAGAUUGAAUCACUGAAAGAGUGGCUUGUACCACUUCUCAAGACUGUGUUCCAGAAAGUGUCUGUCGACUCAUCACGAGAUUGGUAUAUGUGCCUCACUUCAUGUGUGGGUGAUAGAGAUCCUCGAUCUCUCUACUGGCUCUACGAACUUCUCUUCUCAUGCCAGCUCACAGCUCUUGGUGGAUCUUUUGGUGAUGGAUCGCGCCUGCACCUGUUGGAAAGGACUGUGUGUGAGACUGAGUGGAAAGCUCCAGUGCUACUACAUCGCAUGAAUGAGUUGUUGCAACGCAACAUCUCUAACCCAUACAAUAUGAUACGAAGAUCUGUAGCCAACGUGCUGGGAAGCAGUGUUCUGCGCUAUGAUUGUCGAAGCAUGGCCGUGCAGUUCCCUGGACAGGUACCCCUUUGCAAGGACUUCCUAGCGGAUGUCCUCCCCAAGAUGCAAGUUCUGCUAACAAGUGAUGACAAUGAUUCUCCUAAUCACACACCUGCCGAUGGCGCUACUUCACUGUCCCAGCAAAGCGCUAGUGCUACAUCAUCAGCAUCAAUGGCGACGGCGGCACAAUCCCCACAGCAGGCGCCUAUCAUUGAUCUGCAAGCAGUUUUGGCCACGGCAUUGAAAUCCGGUGUAGACCUAAGCCAGCUGUCAUCUGCACUUGGUCUUCCUACACAGCAUGUUGAAGCCAUCAAAGACAAGAUAGAAAGCGCAGGUGGUAGCAGUGUACCUACUCUCUCUGCAGACGAAUGGAGUCUUGUGGCAGGACAACUGGCUGGUCAGCUCACUGCUGCUGCUGCUGCUGCUCCUGAUAGCAGUACCAUUGUGCGGAAUGACGGUGGUGAUGGUGGUGAUGGUGCAAGCAAGACCACAGACGGUGAUACGCCUAUGUCGCCUGGAUCAUCUUCAGAUAGUGAGAGUGAUUCUCAAGAUGAAGUAGACCAAGCCCAUGUCAAACCUUCAUUCACCUCGCUAACUUCCCAGCCCAGUGCUGACCCUGCUGCUGAUCCUGCCACAACUGAACAAGACCAAGCUAAAGAGGAGCGUGCAGCUGCAACUCGCACUUUCAAAACUGUUUGUUCUUGGAUUUCCCUCGGUUUGUCUGACCCACUGUCAGGUAUCUUUGCACCGCUUCUUCCACUGAUUUGUUCUCAACAAGGACGGGAGCAUGAUCCUGAGCUGGCACAAAUUGUCACCAUGGCUCAACGCUCUAUAGUUUUCAGCUUGCUUCAACCAGGCGACUUCGAGAAAUUCCUGGUUUCACUGCAGCAGAGUUCAGUCAACCUUGGUUGGCGAGGACGCAAGGCAUCGCUUAAUUUCGUCAAGUGUGUCAUUACAACCAAUCUCUUCACGGCGUCCAUGAAUGCCAGUGAUAUGGAGAAGUGUCUGCACUUGGUCUUGACAUUGUUGGAGGAUGAACAACAAGAGGUUCGUAUGGAAGCCAGUGAGUGUCUGAGUGGAAUGAUCCAUGUACAGCUUGUGCCAGUUUCAGAAUCAUUGCUCGAACGCCUGCGAGGUCUGGCGGCUACGCCAUUGCCCAAGAAGCGCACUCUAGCCCAACUUGCUGCUAACUAUGUGCCGAAAGGUCUUGUCCUGCGUCAUGCCGGUACCCUGGGUCUAUGUUCAUUGAUUCGAGCAUUCCCAUACUCUGUACCGUCAUGGAUGCCUGAAGUCCUGAUGAUCUUGGAUCGGCACAUGGCUGACCCAUCGCCCAUACAGGGUACUGUCAGAGAAGCCUUGUCCGAAUUCAAGCGUACUCAUCAUGACAACUGGGAGGCUGACAAGCUCAAAUUCUCUGAUGAACAGCUUCAAGUGCUGACAGAACUCUUGAUCUCGCCCAGCUACUACGUCUAACGACUUAUUGCUGCUGCUGCACGUUUUCUCUUGGCUGACUGCAGCUGUAGUUUUUCUCCUGUGCUAUGUGUAAAGGGCACUAGCGUCUGUUGCCCUAGCCAGGCGUUUGUCAGGCUUAUGUCAGGCUUGUGCCAGUAGCCACCAGAGCACCACCCCAGUGUUUGUGUACAUACAUACAUCACUGGUCCUCGGUAUUGCCCGAUAUUGCCCUGUACUGCCCCUGUAUCGAUACGAGUGUGUGUGUUUGUGUGUGUGUGUGUGUGUGUGUGUGUGUUUGUGUGUGUGUGUGUUUGUGUGUGUGUGUGUGUGUUUGUGUGUGUGUGUGUGUUUGUGUGUGUGUGUGUGUGUGUGUGUGUGUGUGUGUGUGUGUGUGUGUGUGCGCGCGUGGGUGUGUGGGUGCAUGUGUGCGCACAUGCGUGCAAGUGCCCGUGUGUGGCAUGCUCUAGAUCUUAUUAGUGUGCAUGCUCAAGUCAUGCUCAAUUCAUGCUCAGGUCAUGCUCAGGUCGCGCUCAUACCAUACCCUAUAGCGUGGUAUUCAGUGCAGUUGAAUCUCUGUGGAUACAUUACCAGUGGCUAUGUCACUUCCACCUUUUUUUCACCCAGCUCAUGUAAACUUUCAUUCCAUAUGUACCGACAAUAUUUCCAAUUCAUAGAUAUUCCUUUUUGUACACCUAGUCUAUUCUCCUCGGGACGUCUUACUUAUUUUGCUCACAAACAUUAUCUCAUGUCUGUAAAUGGACACCGUUUGCAGACAUGCUGCAUGUCGUGCAGUUGUAUUAUGUCUUACAGGUUCAACGCAUCACACCCCGUAUUGAUUUUAGCCCUGCCUGGUGCAGAUGUUGCUUGCUUCUCUACUUGCAUUUGUAUUUACAAUGUUGCGUCAUCAUGACAUCAUCAUGGCGUCAUGUCAUAUGUGUCAGCUCUGUGUGCUUGUAUUUCUUUUCUUUCUCUGUAAAAUAUCUUGUCUGUGGUAUGUUGUCUCGAUGGUUUUGACGUUUCCGGUCGCAGCUUUUGCUAUGCUUUCCAAUCACUGUGUGACGCGUAUCCACUGCCCUAGCACUAUUCGGUAUGUUGUCCACAUAAUAUGUGCUGUAAUACAUGUCAUGUGUAAUGAA